AUGGCCCCGCAUCACCAAAGAAACUCCAAUAGCCAAGGAACUCUGAUGAAGUCUGAGGAGCUGGAAGAAGGCGUGGAUAAGAGAAACGGCAGUUUUUUCUCCCGCUUUGAGCCUGUUCUGCCGACUCGGCACCAUCACUCAGGAAGGAAAUCUCCUAAUCAGGACGAUGCUAAGCUGAUCGGUAAUGCAUUCCAGUUUCGAAUCUUCGGAGACCCUAAAGAGUCACGCUAUAAUAGCGAGGAAGAUCAGCAGAAGGGUGAAGUGCCAUUUACGCCAGACGAGUCGGAGAAUGUUUUAGGUGACUCUGGCAACGAGCCACGCGAAGCUACAAGAGAAACCGAGCCGGGUCAGCUCAGCGACUUUUCAAAAGAGAUGCAUAAAAAAAGUGGGCAACUGUUUUCGGCCAUGAAGCGGCCCAGUUUUUUCACCCGAGGAUCUGUUGAUACGUCAGCCUUCAACAAGCAGGGCUCGAAUGAAGGAGCAGCCGACGACAAAGGCUCCAAACCGCGUAACAUCUUCACAAUCUUCAGGAAAAAGAAUAAGGAUAAAGACCGCAAGCAUGCUCAUGAAAAUGCCGAAGACGACAUUUCACUCGCAGACGAGGAUGCUGAAACUAGAGAACGUGCACAGGGAUUGAUAAGUGCUUUGGUUAUGGGCGGGCCCGCAAUCAGCUUACUUGCAUCUUGUUUAUGUGAGGACGAGUUUGGUAUCGCCAGAGCUCCACUUCUCCUUAACCUCCUUGGUAUCAAGGUCACGGAUAUAUCAAGGUCCCCAUUGACGAAAAAUCGGAAGUUCCGUAUUGACCUAGAGUACGGCGUAUCAGACCAACGCAUGAGAUGGUCAGUAGAGAAAAACACUCGAGACUUACUCUACUUGCAUUCGAAAUUCAAAUGGCUGAUUUUAAAAGGCAGUUUGAAAUCAGAACUUCCACAUUUCCCUGUUCCUCCGCUGUUAAAACGAAGUGACAGAAAACAGAAGAAAUUAAACAAGCAAAAACAAAGAUCUUCCAUCUCAGAGCGACUCGAUGGCUUUGCACUGGAACCCAACAAUUCAAGUCACGAUUUCCGUCUGGAAUUACAGAACGCUGAAACAGAUAAUCAAUCAUUGAUGUCAAACCAAUCUUUUCGUGAUAGGCUCUCCACUCUUAGAGCACACUUGAGUACAGUCUCAUCGAAUUCAUCAACUAGUUCUGCAUCCCCAGAGCAACUUCGUGUUAGAAUCCUCAACAAUCAGAGAUACUUAACAGAGAUUACGAAAUAUUUGAAUGAUUUGACCCUGGCUUUGGCCAUGCGGCCCCAGUCAAAUAUUUUAUUCCAUUUUUUCGAAGUGUCCCCCAUAUCUGCUCUUUUGAGUUAUGAAACUGGUUACACCGGUAAACAAGGUGUUAUUCAUGUAGGAGGAUCAGCAAAGUCGCAAGGAUGGCGCGUGGGCCAUUUCAAAGCCAAUGAUCUCAAGGGAAUGAUUGAUAGACGCUCAGAAAAGUGGUUUUUGGUCAGAAAUACUUAUGUCAUGUACGUGUCGGAUAUCAACUCUACCACACCUCUAGAAGUCUUUAUUGUUGAUCCUUACUUCAAAAUCCACUACAAGGGUGAUAACGACAACCGAGGCUUUGAUUCCGAAUCGGAUUACGAAGAGGAAUAUUUUGAAAAGAAAAUUGUGGGAGAUGAGAAUACUGUGGCUCAGAUGCAAAACAAGGUUUUCAAACACUUGAGAAUAGUUCUUGAAAAUAAUGAGAGAAAGCUCGUGAUUAUUCCUAAGUCGAAGAGAGAGCAGAAAUUGUGGCUCGACUCACUCAAUGAAAUGCUUCGAAACAACAUCUGGGCAGAAAAGCAUCGAUUCGGUUCUUUUGCACCAGUGAGAAAAAACUGCUUUGCUCAAUGGUUUGUUGACGCUCGUGAUUACUUUUGGGCUGUUUCUUCGGCAAUCGAAAUGGCCAAGGAUGUGAUUUUUAUCCAUGAUUGGUGGCUUUCGCCUGAACUUUACCUCCGCCGUCCUGCCAACGGUAAUCAACAGUUUAGAAUCGAUAGACUUUUACAGCGGAAAGCUCAACAGGGUGUCAAGGUUUUCGUGAUCGUGUACAGAAAUGUUGGUACUACGAUUCCGAUUGAUUCUCUAUACACAAAACAUUCGAUCUUGUCCUUGGAUCAGGAAAACAUCCAUGUCAUUCGAUCCCCCAACCAACUUUUGCAAAACACUUACUUCUGGGCACAUCAUGAAAAAAUUUGCAUCGUUGAUUAUACCGUUGCAUUCCUUGGAGGAAUUGAUUUAUGCUACGGCCGGUACGAUACUCCUGAUCAUGUUUUAGCUGAUGAUUCUCAUAUUGAUUUCUCAACCCUUGAUCCCGAAACGUACGGCUACAACGACUUCUCAGAAUUCCGUGUUUUCCCUGGUAAGGAUUAUUCCAACACACGUGUGAAGGAUUUCAACAACUUAGACAAGCCAUAUGAAACCAUCUACGACAGGAAAGUUGUUCCUCGUAUGCCAUGGCAUGACAUUCAUAUGGUAACGUCAGGCCAAGUUGCUAGAGAUUUAUCGCGUUCUUUUGUUCAGAGAUGGAACUACCUCUUGAGACAAAAGCGUCCCAGCAGAUUGACUCCGUUACUUACACCCCCUCCUGAUAUGACAGAAGAAGAAGUAAAGUCAAUGGGAUUAGAUGGUACCUGCGAAGUUCAGAUUGUUAGAUCUGCUGGCAAUUGGUCUCUUGGCUUGAAAGAGCACGAAGAGAGUAUUCAUCAAGCGUAUUUGAAAUUAAUUGAAGAGUCUGAGCAUUUUGUUUACAUCGAAAACCAGUUUUUUGUUACUUCAUGUGUCAUUGAUGGAACAGAGAUCAAGAAUCGGAUUGGUGACGCUCUUGUCGAUCGUAUCAUUCGAGCCCACAAGGAAGGCAAAACUUGGAAAGCCAUUAUAAUUAUUCCUUUGUUCCCUGGUUUUGAAUCUCAAGUCGAUGAAGCCAAUGGCUCCUCUGUUAGAGUUGUCAUGCAAUGUGAAUACAUGUCGAUUUCGAGAGGCUCUUCUAGUCUUUUUGCCAAACUCAGAAAAUAUGGGAUUGAUCCUGAUAAUUAUAUCCAAUUCUUCUCAUUGCGAAAGUGGGGUAUUCUUGGACCCGACCGCUCGCUUGUCACCGAGCAGCUUUAUAUCCACGCGAAGUGUAUGAUUGUUGAUGAUCGUGUUGCGAUUAUUGGAAGCGCAAACAUCAAUGAACGGUCGAUGAGAGGUGUUCGUGAUUCCGAGGUUGCCGCUGUUGUAAGGGAUAGUGAAACGAUUGAAACAACGAUGGAUGGAGAGAGCUAUACGGUUGGGAGAUUUCCUCACACACUUCGGUUGCGACUCAUGCGGGAACAUCUUGGAAUCUCAGUGGACACUUUGGACGUGGUGGAACGCCAGUUUGAGAAAUUCCAGGAAUUUGCUAAAACGCCUGAAGGACUUGAAGCAGCUACAUGUAAAUUCAAGAAGCAAUGCAAUUUAGAAAUAUCUGCGGCUGUCGAAAUGGCUUCGAGAUUUGUUCUUGGACAGAAAGACGGCACACCAAGGUGGAAACACUUCCGCAAACUCCAUAAUCCUGAUGCCAGAGUUUUUGAUGUUCCAAUAGAUUUCAAAACGACCGAUGGUCCAGAGCCAAAAUCUUUGCCGCUUUCCUUUAACAACAGAACUGGACCCCACGAAGCCAACAAAGGUAUAAGAGACAAAAAGAAACACUCUUACGAUGCUCGUGUACAAAAUAACACUGAUCAUAAGAGAGAUGUGUAUGGUAUUGGUCAUGAUAAAUACCGUACGAAUAUGGGCACGAAAGGGCGUCUCGACAGCGCCAGGUUCUUACGCCAAUUGUCGAAAGAAGUAAUGGAAACAAACCCAGGAGAAUCGUUUCUACCGGACAUUGCAAGCGUCGAAGACUUUUUAAACCUGGAUGAUCAUGAGCUCUCGGAAAAUAUGAAUGAAGAAUCCGAGGAAGUCCUUAGCAAGAGAGACAGAGAGCGGUGGAUACUCUUGAAGAAGAUCUCCUACUUGCAACGUGUUGCGGCUAUCCAAACUAAGCAGAAGGAGGAAGAAAGCAUGAAACGAGUCAAUGCCGGUUUACCUCCAUCCAUCUACGACCAGGGCUCAGAAAUCCCAGAGGAAAAUGAAGAAGAGCAAUUUACCACCACUAUGCCAGUGGGUGGGGAGACUGCGAAUGAGAGAAUGGUGAAGGGCCAAGUGGUUGAUGCUUUAGAGGUGAAACAAGAAGGGCCAACAGAGAACGGAAAGAAAGAUGAUGCGAAUGAAGCAUCCGAAACUUCGAACAUCGAAUUCAAUGAACUGAUCCCUGUUGUGUCCCUUGAUAACAGUCAGCUUCGUGAGGCAAUUCAACUGGUAAACCUGCCAGGGGUAGACAAUUUCGCCAAAUUCAUCGAUCCUUACUGCUUUGAGGAUCCUUUAGAUCCCGAUUUUUACGAAGAUAUUUGGUUUGAAAAUGCCAGAAGGAAUAGUGAAAUCUUCCGCAUGAUUUUCCACGUUCAGCCAGAUGACUUUGUUGCCAACUGGAAAGAGUAUAAGAGAUUCAUGAAAUUGGAAGAAGCAUUCAAGCUCUCGCAGAUUGAAGAAGCGAAGUUGAGGCGUGGGAAGUUCCGCUAUCAUCGCAACAGCUCCUCCUCGUCAAAUGAAAGACCUGAGCUCAGCCACAAUAGACGAAACAGCCAGGCUACCAUCAAUAUCGGAGACUAUCUAGGUGAAAACGGUAUUUUGGGAGAGAUUCCAACAGGACUCAAAGGAGAUGCAGAUGGCCCACGCCGACGCUUUACAGUCACAGAUACGAUAGCCGAAGCCGAAAAUGAAGAAAACGAAGAGGUAGGUGAUGACGAUGAUACCGAUGAUGAGAUAGAUGAGGAUGAUGAUGACAAUGAACAUGAAAACGGUGACGCUAAGAAAGUGCCAAAAUCUACGAGCAAUAACGAAGAAGGGGAUACCACGCCUGAGAUGGACAGAAAUAAAACUGACCACGUUCCUUCAGAGAAAAAACAAACUAAAACUGGUGGACACAAGGCACGAAAAAGACGAGCAGGCACCUUCAGCGCUCGGAGAAAAAUCCACGCUGGCGAGCGCAUUUUUGAACGCGACACCGCGCAACGAAUUCUCGAAGAGAUUCACGGGCAUCUUGUGUUGUUUCCAGUUGAUUGGUUGCUGCGGGAGCUUGAGGGAGGAAAUUGGUUUUUCAACACGGACCGGAUACCUCCUAUCGAAAUUUAUGACUAG